GACUUCCCAGAGAUAAUAGGAGUCAACGAGGGGAUAAGUAGUGCAAGUUUUUGUUGUUAUUUUGUGUUUACUUUUAAUUAUUGUGUCUUGGAUUUUAUAUAGCAUGGGAUAGAAGCCCAGUGUAUAGUACUCUGCUGCUGAGCGAUUACACUGGGGAGAUAGAAAUUAAAUAUUUGUUAAGUAUUCACGUUCUGCCAUUUUUAUGUACUUUAUGUGCCAUAUCACAUUUAAGCCUCCUAACAGUUCUCUGAGUAAAGAGAAGGAUCGAUUAAAACCUAAAAAGAAAGAAAAGAAAGAUCCCAGUGCACUCAAGGAAAGAGAAGUCCCCCAACACCCUUCCUGCCUAUUCUUCCAGUAUAACACACAGCUGGGCCCACCUUACCACAUCCUGGUUGAUACCAACUUUAUCAACUUUUCCAUUAAAGCCAAACUGGACUUAGUGCAGUCAAUGAUGGACUGUCUGUAUGCCAAGUGUAUCCCUUGUAUAACUGACUGUGUAAUGGCUGAAAUUGAGAAACUGGGACAAAAGUAUCGAGUGGCUCUAAGAAUCGCCAAAGACCCAAGAUUUGAACGUUUACCUUGCACGCACAAAGGAACCUAUGCAGAUGACUGCUUAGUACAGAGAGUGACUCAGGAAUUUGGUUCCUCUCCACCAUGCCUACUUGUAGCCCAGAAGUAUUUCUCAGUUACAGUCAAGUCUUUCAGGGGGCUGUCUCACAGCACAAGUGUUACAUUGUGGCCACGGUUGACCGAGACCUUAAGCGAAGAAUCCGGAAGAUCCCUGGAGUUCCCAUCAUGUACAUAUCUAACCAUAGGUACAACAUUGAGCGAAUGCCAGAUGAUUAUGGAGCCCCUCGGUUCUAAUUCUUAAAAAACAAAGUUCCUCUGCCUUCCUUCAACCAACUUUCUCUGCUACCAGUUCAUUAAACGUGAUGUACCAUGA